AGGAAGUAGAAUUCUGUCAGGAGGCAGCACUUUAGUGUGUCUCUUUCUCUUCCCCUCUGUUCCCCUCGCUUCUUUUCACCACUUUCUCUCCCUUCUGCAUCUGUGUGAUCCUGUCUCUCUGCUUCUGUUUCAUGUGGCUCAGACCUGACUGCCUCAACACCUUCUCUUUCUCAAAUGGCCCUAACCCACCAUGUCUCAAAUCCAAAUUCCAAGAUCAAAGCUUCUGAUUAGUUUAGUCGUCCAAAGGGUUGACUUCCUCCUGGGCCCUGGAACAUAAAGGCAGGUCUCAAAAAAGGGAAAGGUAAACCAGGCACAUCAUAACAGAGAUUAUUUACUGCAAACUCAGAAUUCACAAAAACAACGUAACAUCAUGGUUGGACUCCCAAGUUCAGUUUAAAAUGCCUGGUUGAUCCACAUUAUUACUUAUUUGCAGUAAGCGAAAGCAAAACGUGAAAUUUAAAAUUACAGAUUGAAAUUACGUAAUAGCGUUUCCCCCUCUCCCCACCAAGAUUUUUAAAUGGUUGCAUAGUAUUCUGAGUAAAAGUGUUCCAUUUAUCUUAAAUAAUGGUUUUAUUAUCAGAUGUAGAUUUUAGCACACUAUCUAAAAAGACAAUAAUAAUUACUAGAGGUUACUCAGUGAUUACUAUUGCCAGAGUCUGUGUUUUAUACAGAUAAUUUCCUCAAACCUCACAACAGUCCUAUAGAACAGGCACUAUUAUUUUCUCCAUUUUAAAGAUGAGGGUACCCAGACAGGCAGAUUAAGUCAUUUACAAAAGUUGCAAGGCUGAUUAGAGUCUGUCAGGAUUCAAAUCCAGGAAAUCUGGCUCUGGAGACUGUACUCUGAAUCUCCCUGCUACUCCGCCUUUUUCAGAGGCCUAUAGUUCCACUGAUCCAGGGUAAUCAAAGUCCAGAAUGGAACAUGAGUGAUAGUUCUCUCUUCUUGGAAGUGUUCAGUCUGUACCACCAUUGGGCAAUGCUGUGGUAGAGGAAAUGAGGAAAUACAGUCAUAGCCUCAGUACGCCAAUCCAUGGGCCCUCUGCCUCAGAAUCAUCCAGGGAGCUAAUUAAACACCAUUAAUUCCAAAGUCCAAGUCCAGAGGUUCUUAUUCACUAGGGCUAGGGUGGAACCCAGGAAUCUGUAUUUUUAACAAGCUCUCUGGUGAUCUUAGUAGUCAACCUGGGCUUGGUAAUCCUUUAUCCCUACUAUUUCCUUCUAGGACAAGAUGGUGAAUGAAGACUUUGGGAGUUGGGGUUGACCCAAGUACUGCCUUUAGGCACUAUGCCUCUUAAGUUCUCUGGAUUGUUAACAUUGGCUGUCUCAGUAUAGUUGGUAUCCACUCACAUCUUUUAAUCUUGAAGAUUUCAAAAUACGCCUGAAUCUCCCACUUGUUUGGAAAAUUCCCAAUACCAAGCAAUAAAUUACCCACCGUGCUCUUGUUAUAGAAUAGAAGCUUUUGAGUUCUCCAAAUCUAAACAAGACUUCCUCCCAUUUUUCCAUGAAGCCACAUUGUUGUCUCUUCACUUUAGUGGUGAGUGUUACUGUGCCAGCAGCUUUUGUUUUGGAAGAUGUCGGCUUCAACGAAAUGGCCCCACUGGGAACAAAUAAUAGUUCCUUCAAUUCAUCAUUUCCUCCAAGCUUUGAGCACUCAGCAGAUUCCCACUCAGGGGACGAUGUCAUCAUAGCCAAAGAAGGAACUAGUGUUUCACUCGAGUGUCUUCUCACAGUCGACCACUAUGAAGAUGUCCGUUGGUACAACUCAAAAGGCCAGCAACUGGAUGGCAGAGGCAGAGGUGGAAAAUGGUUGAUUUCUGAUAACUUCCUGAAUAUCACCAGUGUAGUCUUUGAUGACCGAGGGCUCUAUACAUGCUUUGUCACCUCUCCAAUCCAUGCCUCCUACUCUGUCACCCUUCGUGUUAUCUUCACCUCGGGAGACAUGAGUGUCUACUACAUGAUUGUUUGCCUGAUUGCCUUUACAAUCACACUCAUCUUGAAUGUUACACGGUUGUGCAUGAUGAGCAGCCAUCUUCGUAAGACUGAGAAGGCUAUCAAUGAAUUCUUCAGAACUGAAGGGGCUGAGAAACUUCAAAAGGCCUUUGAGAUUGCAAAGCGCAUCCCCAUCAUCACUUCAGCCAAGACUCUAGAACUCGCCAAAGUCACACAAUUUAAGACGAUGGAGUUUGCUCGUUAUAUUGAAGAACUGGCAAGAAGUGUCCCUCUUCCACCCCUUAUUCUAAACUGUCGGGCCUUUGUUGAGGAGAUGUUUGAGGCUGUGCGAGUGGACGACCCUGAUGACAUGGGAGAAAGAAUUAAAGAGAGACCUGCCUUGAAUGCUCAAGGUGGCAUUUAUGUCAUUAACCCAGAGAUGGGCCGGAGUAAUUCACCAGAAGGAGAUUCAGAUGAUGGUUCUCUGAAUGAACAAGGCCAGGAGAUAGCAGUUCAAGUUUCUGUCCACCUCCAGUCAGAAACCAAAAGUAUUGAUACAGAUUCCCAAGACAGCAGUCAUUUCAGCCCACCUGAUGAUCUAGGAUCUGCUGAAUCAAACUCUUACUCCAAAGAUGGGACGUAUGAAAGCCGUCAGCUGUGAGCUAUCCCAGUACCUGCAAAAAUAGCUCUCACAAAAGGAACGUAUUUCAUGCAGGAAAUAACAUUUUUACCAAAAUAUAACUGGGGGUUCCCCCUUGUUAAUAUUAAGCACAUCAGAAUGUGACUUAUUGCCAAAAUCUUUGUAAAAAUUCAGUGUUUUUCAUAUCUGAUAUUUCUCAGUCAUUUUCCUCAAGCUUGAUGAAAUGACACAAGCUAAGAUUUAAAGGAACCCGAGAGAUAAGCAUAAUGGACAAAGUGCCACACUAAGAGUUCCAUGCCUCCUCUUCUGGUCAUGGUUCUUCAAAUGGUUAGGGUUGAUGCUUAUCCUGAGGCCUCACUUUUCCCGCCAGUUAAGUUGAAGGAUUUGCAUUAGAUGAUAUCUCAAGUCAUUUCUAGCCUUGUAACUUCUUACCUGUCCCUGUUAAAACCACCAGAUUUCAUCAGCACAUCUCCAAAUAAACCCUUCCCUAGACUUUUAAGUACCUUUUUAUGGAAAGGAUCAAGCUGAGACUUUAUUUUGUGAUUUAAAUUCCCACACCAGUGCCAUAGUGCAUAGACGUGUGGGUGUUUUUCAGAUGUUUUGCCAUAUGGAGUGUGCAAUUGUAUGUGCUAGAUUGAGUCUCUUUAGUGUAGCCAAUGUCUGUAUUGUUAUACAGAUAUCAGGGAGCUAACUGCUCAUUAAUAAACUACUUUCCAUGAGUAAAUUGGUCCUUUUGGGGGAUAUAUCAUGUCUUUUUAACUUACUGAAGCAUCAUUUAGUUCAUUGAGCUGGCAGUGAUUUCCCAACUGAUCUCCAAAAGUGAGCAAUUUGUUCUUAAGGAAUAAUGUCUUCAGUGCUUUUAGAAUAAGAAACAAUGUCAAAUCAUCUAUCUCUGGUAAAUCAUGGAUUUUUGACAUUUCUGUUAAUAGAAUUUCUCAGGCUUUCCCUUUUUGAAAGUACUGGACUCCGUAGAGGGUUCUGUGUUUGGGAUCUCAUCCCAGGAGGAAACUCAGAGCUGGGUUCAUCUUUAGACUUCUGUCAACACUCUUGCCCUCCAUGAUGGUUAAUAUGGUGCUAAAGGCUGCAUGCCUCCUUAUCUUGUUUGUUUUCUUUAUACUUUGUUGUUGAGGUUUUUAUUUUUGUGUACUUCAGAUAGAGAAUUCUGAGCUCAGGCUGCUUUUGUGGUCUUUCUGAGAAGCACUAACCUGAAAUAAGAUUAGAUACUGGUAUGUGGUAUAUGUGAAUAUAUUAAAUAUGUAGGCAUAGAUAUAGGUACCAGUAUAUAGAUAUAUAUACACACAAAAAUGAUCUAGAUAUAAAGAGGGAGAAAAAUUAUGGAUGAGGCCAUCUGAUUCAACUGUGUAUAAUGAAUACUUGAGACAGUAUUUCUUGCCUGGUUGAGGCCUAAUAUAAUAGAAUUGUAAAUACUCUUCAGAAUAAUUUCUUCAGCUACAGGAAGCUUGGUGUCAUAUGAUUUUUAAGAACUUGGCAGUGGAGCUCCAUUUGGUGCUUCAUGUUUCUUCAUUUGGUUUCUGAUUAUUGAACCAUUACUUGAACUAGAGGCUUCUGAGGGAAAUGUUCAGAGGAGGUUUUAUCAGGAUUUUAAUUUAAGGUUUCAAAUGGAGGAAGGCAAGGAAAUAGAGAGUGUAACCAGAUAAACUCACACCUCCCUUUGUCCAGGCUUAUCACAAAUAAUACAUCUCUUCUGGAUAGCAUGAAUGAAUCAGUGUGCAGUUGUAUCAGAUGGCAUUAUGGAUAAAGAUGAUAAUGCUGCCGUUUCUGUCUCAGGCUGUUUCCAUGGAAACCUCCAGAGCCAAACAAAAGCUACCACCAAUCAUUUAGCCAAAGCUCGCCUUGGCUUGUAGACUUGCAUGUCUUUAAGAAAUACUGUUUUCAUACAUUUGGCUUUGAGAGCAAGGGCUCUUCACCAUUCCCUAGACCCUAGAUUAUAGAACACUUUUUCCUUCCUAGGCUUUUUUUCUUAAAAAAUUAAAAAUGCUAAAAGUCUCUUGUCUGAGGUUUGUUCCCUGACUAUCCUUCAGAUAGUACCUCCAAUGGAUCUAUCCCUCAAGUUCUCACAAUGGAUGUGAGUGUUUGGAACCUUAAGGUAGAUAUAUUUAACGGUCAAAGUCCUGGGAAAUGGGACUUUGGAAAAAUAUGAGAACUAAUGAAAAAAAUCUGUAAGUUUACACAAUACUGUAUCACUAUUGGCUACUCCAGUGUGUCCUGGUUAAAUUAACUUUAGAAACGUAAUGGUGACUUUAUUUGGUAACUGGGUUACUUUGAAUAUUCCAAAUUAUGGUGCCAGUGAUAAGGAAUUACAGUAGUCAAAAUUUAACUGGAGUUGGUGUUACUUUUUUUUUUUUGGUGUUACUUUCUAAAGCUAGUUUCCGAGAGGAAGAAAACCACACAUUAAUAUGUUCUGUAUCUAAUCAAAUACUCUUCAUAUGUAAUAAAUAGUCUCAUGUUACGUUUUUGUAAAAUCCUUAACCUUUUGAACUUAAACUACAGUCUAAAAGUCUUUUGACAAUAACUGUGGUAUAAUUAAUCUUUUGUUUCAGUGGAUUUUAUAGUUAGUGAAAAUGCCUUUACUCAGAAAAUGUGUUUAAAUAGUCCUGUCAUCUCAUUUAUAAAUUUUGUAUUGUGACUUAAUGAACCUUAUUGUCCUUAUGAAAUGAAAUGAUGGCUUUGUGAAAUGAAUUUACCAAAAAUGGAUAUGUAAACAUUUUUAUAGAUUCCUGGACAGCUGAAAUGAUGCCAGAUGGACAGGCAUCUUUUGAGCUGAUACUCAACCUGAGUUUUAGGUAGUUCAAUAAGCGUAUCCUCACGUUGCAUCUGUUCUGAUAGUUAAAUUCUUGAUUCGGGACCAGCAAGCAUUUGUAUUUCUCCCAAUUACCCUUACGUGAGUACCUUGGGAGUUGCCAAUCUGAAACGGUUGUGAAAAGAUUUCUGGCUUCUUCGCCUCACUUAGCAUGCAUUUUGAAGUUAAAGCACGUGGCUUUCUGUGUGGUCCUCCAGCUUCAGUGAACCCCUUGGUGUAUUCCUCUCCACAUCCUGCAUGUUGCUUCACCCCAGAUCAGACUCUGUCUCCCAUGUCCCAGAGUGGCAUGGGAGCAUGGCAUGCUUGUUUUCCAGAGCACAGCCGGCCAUGGGUGCUAGCCUUGUCUCAACACACCAGCACUUAUAACACAAGUAAAUCAUAUUUCCUGAGUCACCAAUAAGAGAAGACAAUCUUUUCUCAUCCAGGCCGGGAAUUUUGAAAAUGCUCAGCUUUAUACAUAAACUCCUACAUCUCAACACAUUUCAUAAGUGUAAGCGUUAUUUUAGUGUGGUUCAGAUGAUGUUUAAAUGGUCACCAUUUUAAUGAAUACUUACAUUAUGAUUUUGUCCUUUCUUUUAAAAAAAAAAGUCAUGCUUGAAUAUAUUUAUUAAAUGUUCAAUGGACUAUUUCAUUUGUCUGAAAUCCUCUAUUGAGUAUAUAUUCAUUUUUACGUGUGAUGGAAUUUGAUGUUAAUGAUUUUAAACAGGAGUAAAUUUUAAUCCAACUUGAA